GGAUAUAACGGAAUGACUGAUUUUAAUAUAUUUGGAUACUUUGAUUAACUUGGAUUUAUUUUAUAAGUUCAAUAUUUCGAGUCACAAACAACGGAGUUACCUAGUGUAAGAUCUUAAAUUAAUAUGACAAAACGGAGCUGAAAGCUCGCUAGACUUUUGGGCAGAGUAACGUUGUAUGAAAAGUUUAAAUGCAAAAGGCAAAAGAAUUUUACCGCGAGACUGUACCGGAACAAGAUGACAAAUCUGGUGGUAAAAACCAAGAGGACGAUCCGAUGAUCGGUCGCUGUUUUUAUAGAUUUCAGUCGUAACCAUAACCAUAGUGUGUAGAAAUAUGCGUGAAGCUGCUGACAAUACUUUUGUCAAUUGAUUGCUUCACAGAAAAAGAGUAGCGUUUAACUCCUAGACGGACGUAAUCGUGAAAAAUCAAUUCUUUUUUGCGAUUGCAUAGCGAGAAGCUCAUCACAUCAAGCGAUCCACUGAUCCGUAAGUCGAUGUUUGGAUCAGUAAAUCGAACGUAAUACAAAUAUUUCAAAAAUGUCUGAAAUGGAAGUGCAUGGUUUCAUGAGUGAAAAUGAAUUGAAUGAAAGUGCAGUCAGCGAGAUAGCUGAACAUUCUCAGGAUUCCCAAGAAGAAAUUGACGGUGUUCCUCAUGGUGACGAGGAACAGAAAGAAAAAUUGUUAAAACUCCCACUGAGUAGAGUUAAAGCAAUAGUGAAACUGGAUCCGGAUGUAAACUUAAUCACUCAAGAGGCUGUAUUUCUGAUAACAAAAUCAGCGGAACUUUUCAUUGACUCCCUAGCGAAAGAGUCCUACAAGUAUACAGCACAGAACAAGAAGAAGACUGUGCAAAAACGAGAUGUCGAAAUCGCCAUUGAAAAUGUCGACGCAUUGGUGUUUCUAGAAGGAGCAUUAGAGUGACUUUGAAUCUUUUUUAUAUUAGCUUUAACACUUGCACAUCACUCAUGCGGAUGACUAAGAUGAUUUUAUUAUUUCAAUCGAUAGUGUAUUUAAUGUGAAACAAACAUAUGUUACAUCAUGUAAUUAUUAAGAUAAAUAUUUAAAUUCAUUAAUUCAUAGAACAGUUGAAGCUUUUGUAAUAACAUUUGAAAAUAUUUUCAAUUA